GAACUCUGCAGACUGGAGAUCAUAUCCGCACCUGGGGGGCGCUGCCAAGUGGAGGGAGCUUCCGGUGAGGCCCAACGUGCAGAAGGUCUCGGACUAUCUGGAUCAGCGGAACAUCAGCUGCACGUGUCCGAUACCUGGCUGCAAUAUGCAGGGUGCGUACUACGACCACAUCACCAGCACGAACGGUUCCCACUUCAAGAACCUGUGGCAGGAUACGGUUUUUUCAAAGAGGAGCAGCAACGGUUCCACUCCCUGCAAGGAGAAGGCGUGGGAGCAGGUGAACAUG